AUGUGGCGUGGUUGGGGGCAAUAUGUACAAGCACGGCUGCAGAAGUUUGCCUUCGCGUUUGCGCGGAGGCUUGCGCCGGGGCUCACGCCCCAGCAGAUCGACUACCUCUGCCGCGAGGUCGCCAGCUCGCUACAGGUGGUGGCUGCUCCGGUUCCAAUGCUACCUCAGCACAACCUGCGCCUGGUGUUGAGGCACGACUGCCAGAGCUCCGGCUGCGGCGACGGGGCGUGCGUGCUGUGUCAGUACAACCCCAGCCGCAUCUGCAAGCGCAACCUGAAGCAGAAGUAUCUAAUUGACGACCACCUGCGCGCCAAGUGCAACGCUGGGCUCCGUGUCGAGGUGGUGGACGAGACGGGGCAGUGCGUAAACGAGGCCACGCCGGACGUCCAGCUGGAGAUCCACGUCCUCAACGGCGAGAAGUAUCGCGAGGUCUGCCCCGACAACACGCUCCUCAACACCAUGCAGCUGCGCUCGUGCGUGCUGGCGCCGCAGCAGAAGAAGCCGCUGCUGAAGCGCGAGGGCGGCCUCAACGUUACAGAGGACGGCCGCAUCAUCAUGGUGCCAGAGCGCGGCCACGCGCCGCUGUCCGACCUGCAGUGCACCACGUCCAGCGAGGCGCUGCUGGCGGGCAAGGCGCCCACCUUCCGGCUGCUGGUGUGGGCGAUUGACCGCGCGGGCAACCACCUGCCCAGCAUCACAUACGUCGUCAGCGAGAGCUUUGUGGUGGCCACCAAGCGCGUGAAGCACGCCAUCAAGAGCGACAUACCGUGCGUGGCGGACCACGUCAGCAAACUGGUGCACAUUGGCAAGGCCACGGUGGACAAGCUGACAGACCUGCGCCAGGCCGCGCGCGAGGAGAACCUGGAGAUCGACCUGCCUGACGACCUGGUGCGCGUGGAGCGGGUGGGGCAGUUCACGCAGCUGGUGGAGCUCACAGAGGCCAGCCAGGAGCUCAAACACAAGGUGCGGCACCUGCUGAAGCUGUCCCCGGAGAAGUGGGACGAGGUCGCGCAGCACUGCUCGCAGGCCGUCGUGCCGGACUUCCGGCCCCGCAUCUGGUGGUGCCCCAACGUGCGCGGCGGCCUGCUGUUCGCCUGCCGCAACGGGGCGAUCGCGAUAGACCAGCCGAUCGCGUACGUCGGCCGCGGCAGCGCGGAGGCGGACGACAGCGUCAUCCCCAUCCACCAGCUAGACCCGGUGACGUUCAACCUGCUGCCGAAGCUGAAGCAGCAGGCGCUGCAGGAAUGGUACGCGCCGGGCCACUCUGGCUGGGCGGUGUACUGGCGGGACGCGUCCGACCCGCUGGCGCAGCAGAUGGCGCCGCCCCCGGCGGGCGCGCCGCCGCCGCAGCUGCCGCUGGCCGCGCUCGGGAUGCCGCCGCCAGACAUGGUGAUGCCUCGCGGCGCGCUGGGGCUCGGGACGCCGACGGCAACGGCGGGGGACCAGCAGUCGGCGCAGCAGCAGCAGGCCCAGGCGCAACAGCAGCAGCAGCAGCAGCAGGCGCAGCAGCAGGCACAGCAGCAGCAGCAGUUGCAGUACCAGCAGCAGCUCAUGCAGCCUCCUUCCCAGCCGUAUGGCAGCCAACAGCAGCAGCCGCCGCACCAAUUCGGCGUGGCGCCGGUGUCGCCGCACUCAGGCCUUACCGGCGGCGGCGGCGCGUUCAGCAUGCAAAGUGCCAUGCCCAUGUCUGCGGGCGCCGCCGUGGCCGCAGCGCUCGCGCAGCAGCCGCAGCAGCCGGCGCCGUCGCAGCAGCAGCAGUCCGCCAUGGCUGUGCACCAGCAGCACGCGGCCAUGGCGGCGGCGGGCAUGAGCCCGACGGCGCUGCAGAGCAUGCUGUCCCCCACGUCUGCGGGCGCAAUGAAGGGGCCGUCCCCUUUUGCUUCGCAGGGGACCCAGUCGUCGGUGCCCACCGACGCCUUCCCGGCUUGGGCCGGCGGUCGCUCCAGCGGCCCUGGGACGCCGGUGUCGGCGACAGCCGCCGCCGCCCAGCAGCAGCAACAGCAGCAGCAGCAGCAGUCGCAGCAGCAGCAGUCCACCAGCGGCCGCCCCAGCACCAAUGGCGGCGGCGGCCCCGGCCCCGCGGGCGCACCGGGUCGGCCGCCGCAGCCGGGCCUGCCGCCGCACCCGCCGCCGCCGCCGCAGCAGCAGCAGCAGCCGCAGGCGGGCGGCGUGGGCAUGAUGCUUCCGUCGCUUGAAAUGAUAAACACGGACGACCUGCCCCCCAUCGGCGCCAACCCUAGCCUGUUCAGCCUCGACUCCCUUCAGCAGAUGCAAAUGUUGGGCGACCUCCCCAGCGUCGGCGUCGGGCAGCUGCUCGCCGGCGGUGGCGCUGGCGCGGGCGUAGGCGGGCCCAGCGGCGCGGGUGCGCGGGGCGGGGACGCGGGCGGCGCGGGGGCGACGGGCGCGGGUGGGGGCGGCAUCGACGCCGACCGCGCGCUGAGCCUCAAGUUUUCCAUGAGCCUGGACCUGGCGGAGAUGACUAACGGCGGCAGCGGGGGCGGCGGUAAGGGGCCGUGA